GGGGUCGAUCCCACAGUGACCUUUGCCACCGAUGAGGAAACAGACCGAGCCAAGGCGAUAUUGGACAAGGAGUCCAUCGAGAAGAGCAAGCCUAUGCUGAAGAUUCGAGUAAACGACAGCACUGGCGACAAGGAAUUGAUCGUGUCGAAACGUCGAUUUUUCUAUCCCACGGCUAUAGGUCGAGGAACGUGCUGCUAUGUGGCAGCCGACUUGACGACUGGAAAGCGAGUAUUUCUCAAAGACUCGUGGCGUUAUGAUGGCGACCGGCUGGAACGAGAAGGAGAUAUUUACGAGCUGUUGUAUGCGAAGGGGGUCUCGAAUAUUGCUCGCGUCAUCUACCACGGAGAUGUGAAGGAUCAAGAGGGGCGAGCCGAUCAGCGAUCGGUAUCUGCCAUGUACGCCGAGGAGAACUGGGCCCUCAGGACCCGGACGCUGGCUCAGCAUCAACACUAUCGUAUCGUGCUAGAUACCGUCGGGAAGAAGCUCACCGAAGCAUCCUCGUCGAGGUCCAUCGUCAAAGGCAUUCUCGACGCUCUCAUUGCCCACAAAGAGGCCUACGAGAAAGCCGAUAUCCUACACCGGGACCUCAGUCUCGGAAAUAUCAUAAUGAUUGAUGAUGAUCAUGCUAUAUUGAUUGACUGGGACUUGUCGAGGCCCGUCAAAUCAUUGCGGGAAGAGAAUGCACGGGUGCGAGAUCGUACGGGCACUUGGCAAUUCAUCUCACACGCUUUGCUCCAACUAACACUCAAACUACACACUCGCCAGGAUGAUCUCGAGUCUUCCUACUGGAUCCUUCUCUGGACGUGUCUCCACCAC